AGCUAGCAUUAGCUUUUGCCCUUUAGCCUCUUUGGAACCAGCCCAGAAUUUUCUGGACUCUUCUGGACUUGUGCUUGGCGUGGCCCGGACAACCUGAGCCCUGGGGGGCUGGUCGGAGACACCUCCUCCCACCAUGGAGGCAGGAGGGAAAGACUGCGAGGAGGAGACGCUGCAGACGGCCUUCAAGAAGCUCAGGGUCGACGCUGAGAGUUUGUCCGGUGCUGAGAGCGUUUCCGAUGCGUUGACGCCCAGAGCGCCGGCCCGAGUCGGUCUGGAUGGCGCCGGCGGAGCGAAGGCCAAACUCAACAACUCCAAGGACACCUGGCACUGCUGCACAAGGAAAACCUCCAGGGGAACGUCCUCGCGGAGCCAGCGGCGUCGGCGGUCGAAGUCGCCCAUCCUACAUCCGCCCAGGUUCACCUACUGCAGCAGCGCCGCCUCAGCUCUGGCGCCCCCUGGUGGCAGCCUGAAGCAGCAGCGACUGGCCGUGUCCGACCCGGCAGCCGACGACGUUCCGGUCCAGGCGGAGCGGCGUUCCUCCGCCGUGCCGGAACGCUGCUCACCUGUUCUUUUCGGAGUCAGUCCGAGUUAUGAGACCCGGGUGGGGGGUCCGUCACCAGAGGGUGCCACGGCAGCAGCACCCCCACGGUGGGAAGGCGGGCGCUCCAGAGAGGAGAAGGGUUCCCCUGAUGGAGCCUCGGCGUCGCUGAGGUCCGACGCAGCAGAUUUCCGGGCUCUAUCUGAGCUGCACUGCGCGGAGGGGACGCAGCCCCCCUGCGACUGCCCCCACAGCGCUGCCGCCGGCUCACAGGACGGCGGCGAGCGCGAAGCCGGAUCCGGCUGCGGCUGCAGGCAGCAAGGGCCCGGCUGGAACGGCGUGGAGGUUUACUCCUUCACGGGGUUGCGUAGCGUCCAGCAGAACGAGGCCAGAACUCUGAGCGGCAGCUCCACCCCCUCCGUCACGUCGCCGCUGGCGUCCGGCAGCUCCGCCCCCUGUGCCGCGUCGCCGCUGGCGUCCGGCAGCUCCGCCCCCUGUGCCGCGUCGCCGCUGGCGUCCGGCAGCUCCGCCCCCUGUGCCGCGUCGCCGCUGGCGUCCGGCAGCUCCGCCCCCUCCGUCACGUCGCCGCUGGCGUCCGGCUCUCCCCGGUCCUGCUCGGAGCAGGCGCGCGCCUACGUGGAUGACAUCACGAUAGAGGACCUCUCCGGCUACAUGGAGUACUACCUCUACAUCCCCAAGAAGAUGUCGCACAUGGCGGAGAUGAUGUACACCUAGACCUUCAGCAGUCAGAGAGGAGAGGUUUGGGUUAGAUUGAAGCUGUUUUAAUCUGGAUUAUAAUCCCCUUCAGACUGACUGGAUCGCGCCACAGCCGAGCGUCUCUGUCGGUUUCAUCUGGUUUCUGUGUCUUCUGUCAAUCACUCUGUUUUCCAGAUUUCAAGUUUACAAAUGAAGUUGCCAAAACUCGCGGGAGUUUUAAUCCCAGCUGGGAUUCUGUCUGCGGUUCCUGGAUGAAUAAAGAAGCUGAAUGAUCCAC